AUGGCUGUAAUAAAUGAUACGUUUGAAACAGCACACACUCUACUCAUGGAAGCUUUGGCACAGCAACGUCCAACGGAGGCAUCAAAUUUCGCUCCAAAUGUAACUGCCUUCCUCUCAGUUGCCAAUAAAAUCGAGCCGUUCUACUCCGAGACAGAUGCCGAUUCUGUCUGCGUGAUGUUUCAACAUUUAAGAUUAUUUUUAAAGUCGGACUAA